CAGCCUAAACCGUGUGAGCAAGAAUGCUCUAACACCAUCGGAAGCUACAAGUGCUCGUGUUCUCCUGGGUUCACGCAGGAUCUUGUUGUUGCUAACAGAUGCAUUGAUGUUGAUGAGUGCCAGAGUAAUCCUUGCACAAAUUCUGGCACCUGUCAAAACAUGGUAAAUAAAUUCUCCUGCCAUUGUACCAGUGGGUGGACCGGUGUCUACUGUGAUGAAGAUGUAAAUGAAUGUGCCUCUAGACCAUGCUCCCAUGGAGGAACCUGUGUCAACACACCGGGCUCCUUCUCUUGCAGCUGUGCACCCGGUUGGAGUGGGACCCUCUGUACACUGCUUGUGGAUGAAUGUGCUUCCAACCCGUGCAUCCACGGCACCUGUGUGGAUCAGGUCAACGCCUUCUUCUGCAGAUGUGACGAGGGGUGGUCAGGCGACACAUGCACUACGAACAUCGACGACUGCGUGAAUGCACAGUGCCAAAAUGGUGCAACCUGCAUUGACAUUCUGAAGGGAUACAACUGUUCCUGUGUGCUGGGAUACAAAGGGCAAUACUGCCAAUACAAUAUCGAUGACUGCAUUGGAAAUAAGUGUCAGCACAAUAGCACAUGUCUGGAUGAUGUCAAUAGUUACAUGUGCCUUUGUCCGCGUGGAUGGACUGGUCUUCGCUGUGAAACUGACAUUGAUGAGUGCAAUGCUCGACCUCCCUGCCACGGAACGCUUGGGCUCUGUACCAACACGCCUGGCUCAUACGCUUGCUCGUGCAAGCCUGGCUAUGAGGGAGAUGGCAUUCAGUGCUUCGAGAAGAGGCUCUUCGAUUAUGGGAGAAAUGUGUACGACCAAAGUCCGUAUAUUUGGGACACAGACUACGUGUCUCCGUUCUUCUCACCACCGUACGGAUUUCCAUUCGGAACCAGGUUCUACCAACAAUUGUAUUUCACAGACAACGGGUUGAUUGUGUUCAAAGAAAACGAAGACCAAUCAAAGUUUGCUUAUCCCAAUCCAACUAGAAAUUCAUGGUGGUACUAUCCUCCCAUGAUUGCAGUUUUCUGGGACGAUUGUGACUUCUCAUCUGGCAUUGGAAAAAUAUAUUACCAGGAGUAUGACUUUACUGUGGGCAACCCGAGCCAAGAUGCAAAACAGCUCCGUGACAAGGUGCAGGCCCAGGUCCGAGCCAACUUCAGCUCUACGUCGGAUAUACAAAACUAUGUGCCCACCUGGAUGUUAAAGAUCACCUGGGAGGAAGCUCCUGCUGUGCCAGCAAGCAACAAUGGCAGAUAUACAAACACAUUCCAAGCCAUCCUGAGCACAGAUGGCAUAUUUUCAUUCUGCCUACAAAUAUUUAAGGAUGGAGGCAUGCGAUGGAGAACUGAAGUUAGGGAUGUCAACAAUGUUGUCAUGGGCUUCAUGAGUGGAUACGGAAAUAGCCCUUACAUUGAACCAAUCUCACUGUCGUCAAAUGCCACCGUACGAUAUCGUCCAGACCAGGCUGUUGGAACAAAUACAGGCUUGAAGGGGAGAUCAGCACUCAGGUUGGAUCUUAACUCAGUGUAUACCAAAAAUCCAAAACGCGAAUGCCUAAAUUGGUAUCAAAGUGAGGGAUACGCCCCCUACUUCAGUCCCUUCACUACCUGCCCUUGCUUCUACUGGCAAGGGUAUUUUGACAUGUCCUACGUUGACGGGAACAUCAUACAAAUGUAUGGCUACAAUCCUCCCUACGUCUCAGGAGCAUCUCGGAGUCUGCAGAGCCUUUGGCCAGACUACAAUCGUGGAGGGGUGAGAUGCCACUAUAGCUGGUCGGGCUCUCUGCUGUCUGGUGGUUACGAGAGGUAUCUGCCCACUCCUUGGAACUAUUGGUCGUGGUGGUGGUGGGGUGGGGCGUAUUAUAUGCAACAACAAAGACAAGAAUAUCAACAAAAGGAAGCGGAUCCCUACCGAUACUGCUGUCAGUCUGGAGACAGUCGGCUGUGUCGCCUGUACCAAGAGAAACGCCCUCGCAACCAAUGCUCCUUCUACAGGCCUCCCUUCUUCGCGUUUCUCCUUGGCGACCCUCACAUCACGACGCUGGACAACGUCUCGUACACCUUUAACGGCCUAGGAGAGUACACGGUCUUGGAGGUGUCUGCCAAUCAGAACCAUUUCACCAUGCAGGCCCGGACGGCGAUCGCAGGGUCCAAUGGGACCUCAAAAGCCACGUCGUUUGUGGCCAUCGUGGCCCAAGAAAAUGGCAGCAGCAAGGUUGAAUGGAUUCUCAAAGAUAACAUCACUGUCGUGCUAUUAGAUAGUCAAGUUACUCAAGUCUCAGAAAACAAAACGUUUUUCAACCAGACGUCAGUCGAGCUGUCGUAUGGGUCAGUCGUCGCGUCGUUCCCAUCGGGUAUCUCCGUGAAUGUGACGGCUUCUUAUGGGGCGCUCAACUUCAUCACCCUGCUACCCCAAAAAUUCGUCAACCAAACGCAAGGCUUGCUGGGUGUUUUCAACGGUGAUCCUAAAGAUGAUUUUAAAUCUAAGAAUGGCACUGUGCUGCCCUUCGAUGGAACAAAUAUCCCUCCAGAGAACCAGCUAUACUAUGAUUUUGGAGUCACAUGGCAAAUCGCUGCAAACACGAGCUUGUUUUCCUACAACACCAAUGCUGGGGAGAGCUGGCACACCUACAACAACAACAGCUUUGUGCCGAUGUUUUAUGAAGAACUCCUUAAUCGGACAUCGGCCGAAAAGCUGGCCAACGUCAGCGAUUCCUGCGGAGGGCAAAAGGACUGCAUUUUUGAUGUGCUCAGCACUGACGACCCCAAGUUUGGAAUGGCCACGAAGAACAGCGCUGGAGAAUUUGGAUCACAGGGCCAAACACUGCAAAACUUCCCUCCCAACAUUACAAGCAGCGGACAGCUCUCGACCAAAGUGAAUUCCACGGUGUGGGCCAGAGUAAUUGCAGAGGACCCCAAUAACGACACCAUUGUCUUCACCCUUACGACAAACUCAUCAGGCCUCACGAUUACAAGCGAUGGGAAUUUGACGUGGAGUCCCAGAAGCUCGGAGCCAGCGUUUGGCGUGGUGAGCGCCAGCGACGGCAAGGCCUCCUCUGCGUUGCUGCUCAACCUCACUCUGUGCAACUGCAGCGCGAACUCCAUGUGCCUCUCCAACCAGACCACCCUGAGCAUCAAUGGCAGCGACGGAUCCACUUUUCAGGUUUCCAGCUGUCUGUGUGAUCCUGGCUACGCGGGAGCGUUCUGCACGGACGACUACAAUGCCUGUGUAGACAGCCCUUGCCAUCCUGGAGUGAACUGCACGGAUGAUCCUGCACCCUCCCUAGGCUUUUCGUGUGGGCCCUGUCCCGCUGGGCUCACAGGCAACGGGAGCAAGUGUUUCGAUGUGGACGAGUGCAUGUUACAGCUGUCUACGUGUAAUCAAACGUGCACGAAUAUAUUUAAUGGCUACACGUGCAGCUGCAAUGAGGGCUACCGUAAUGUCACCAUGAACAGCGACAGAUGUGAAGACAUUGAUGAGUGUGCCCUGAAUUCAUCUCUUUGUGUCAACAAUGCCCAUUGUGUAAACACACCUGGAAACUAUGACUGCAGAUGCAAUGCUGGCUUCAGAGGAGAUGGAUUUAUGGUUUGUAAAGAUGAAGAUGAAUGUUCAGUCGGAAAUAAUCCCUGCUCAUCCGUAAACAAUUCAUUUUGCGAAAAUAACAUCGGGUCCUAUUCCUGCGUCUGCACUUCCGGCUAUAAUGGCACAACUUGUGAAGAUAUAAAUGAAUGCAUAAGUGGGCAGAACACUUGUUCAGUCGACGCCAAUUGCACCAAUACGAUCGGCUCCUAUACUUGUGCAUGCAAACUGGGCUAUGAAGGAAAUGGCAGGGACUGUUUGGAUAUCAACGAAUGUAUGAGGGGAACAAACAAUUGUAAUAGCAGUAUAUCGGAAUGUAUGAACAAUAAUGGGUCAUAUUACUGCACCUGUGCUCUUGGAUUCACUGGGAAUGGAACCUACUGCACAGAUAUAAAUGAAUGCACGGCCAAUCCAUACUUGUGCCAGGACACAGAAGAAUGUAUGAAUAUUUUUGGAAGCUACAAAUGCGAGUGCUUACCAGGCUACAAAAGGAAUGGAACAGUUUGUACAGAUGUUGAUGAGUGCAAGGAAAACCAACCGUGUGACGCGAACACGAUGGUGUGCAGCAACACGAUGGGAUCAUACACAUGUCCGUGCCAGGCGGGAUACCAGUAUAAUAGCACACUUCGAAUCUGUACUGACACGGACGAGUGCGUCGUUUCAUCGUUAAACAACUGCUCGAGGACGACAGGGCUCUGCCUAAAUUUCGAUGGAAGUUUCAAGUGCCAGUGCAUCGCUGGCUACACAGGAGAUGGAGUCACGUGCACAGAUAUCGAUGAGUGUAAUCCACCGGAAAAUACAACGCAGCCCUGCAAAGGCCCUGUCGGAGUGAGAUGUAACAACACCAUUGGCCACUACACAUGUAGCUGUCCCCUUGGAUACUACUUGGACAGUGAUGGAACCACAUGCAAAGAUGUUGAUGAAUGCAUCAGAGGACUCCACAACUGCACCCAGAACUGCACGAACACCGAAGGAGGCUUUACCUGCAGCUGCUUUGCCCGUUUCAGCUCUGUGAAUGGGACUUGUAAACCAAACCAAACUUGUGUGACGGAUGUUUGCAAUGGAACUGGAGACUGUUACAUUGAUGAAACAACUCUCCCAGGAUGUUCCUGCAAUCAUGGGUACACCCUCAAUGGCACGAGCAAAACGCAAUGCAUCAAUAUUGAUGAGUGCAGCUUGUCCGUGGCUGAUGGACAGUACACCUUGCGACUCCAUAUACGGGACAUGCACUGACACAAUCGGCAGCUUCAAGUGUGGAUGUGUGGCUGGGUACGUGGUCGUUAGCGACAGCCGGACCUGCCAAGACGUGGACGAGUGUCAGAGCGGAAUCUACAACUGCACUCAGUAUUCCUCGUGUCGUA